CGGACUUUAUGGAUUUAUAAUCGGAUGUUUGAGGAGCGAAUCGAGGCGAGCGAAGCGAGGAUUUUGUAGCUGAACGAGAGGACUUCUUAUCGGGCUCAACCGGGACACUUUCCCCACGAAACGCGGGGAAAACUGGAUUAAGCUUCUUCAUGCAACUUUUUUGGAGAGAAACCAAGAGCUUCUCACCUGGAAAUAACAAGACCAGCAACGGUCCCGCGUUCUCUUUGAGUCCCUGCGGGGCGAUGUACCAAGGGUUCCCCGGCGACCCUGACAGCGGAUCCCGUGGAAGCUCGUCUCCAUCUAUAGAGUUUCAGUGCCUUUCCUCCGUGGACUCCUUCGGGAGCCCGCCGACCACCAGUGCUCCGCAGGAGUGUGUGUCAGCGGGAGCUAGCUUGAGCAUUGUGGGCAGCGAGCUAGGGACUAGUGCUGGAGGGGAGAUGCCCGGUUCAUUCGUGCCAACCGUCACCGCCAUCACCACCAGUCAGGACCUGCAGUGGAUGGUGCAGCCAACCCUCAUUGCUUCCCAGGCCUCUGGACAGAGUGGGUCUACUGGCACCACAACCAUGACCCAGCCAGUGUCACUAGUUGACCCAUAUGACAUGCCAGGCCCCAGUUACUCCUUGAGGUCUGGAUUCACUCCUCCGAGUUCAGACACUCCAGGCCCGGCCCCGGGCCCUAUGCGCCAGUCUCGAACCCGCAGCCGCCGCACGCGCGACGAGUCUGUGAGUGACGAUGAAGAUGUUGGUGUGUUUCUAACACCUGAGGAGGAGGAGAAGAGGCGUGUUCGUCGAGAGAGAAACAAGCUGGCUGCUGCCAAAUGCAGGAACCGCAGACGAGAACUCACAGACAGACUGCAGUCGGAGACAGACAUUCUGGAGGAGGAGAAGGCUGAGCUGGAGGCCGAGAUUUGUGAGUUGCAGAAGGAGAAGGAGCGCCUAGAGUUUGUCCUGGUGGCCCACCAGCCGACCUGUAAGAUCCAAUACCAGGAGCAGCCUCCGCAGGGCUCAGUGCAGCUCCCUCUGGUCCAGGCCCAGCUCCCUCCCCAGACCUUGCAACCUCCUGUCUCCAUUGUGGGCUUGACCGUGAAGGAAGACUCUUUCUUUCUGCCUCCUGCCUACACCCCCCAUCCGGCCUCCACACAGUCCCAGCCUCUGGUUCAGCAGCAGCAAGUUCAGCAGCAGCAAGUUCAGCAGCAGCAAGUUCAGCAGCAGCAAGUUCAGCAGCAACCUCAGCAAGGGAUAAUGCAGGAGGUAGAGUUUUCUAGUUCUUUCUAUGGCUCAAGUGAGCCAGCACCUGGUAGGCCGUGCCUUAUGGCCAGCGACGGUGGUGGUGGUAACCAUGACGAUGCCGCCAUUGGCAGCUACAACACCUCAUACACAUCUUCAUUUGUGUUCACCUACCCAGAGGGAGCCUGCGGGGUCAGUGCCAACCAGAGGAACAGCAGUAGCGAGCAGUCAUCUGAUUCCCUGAACUCGCCUUCUCUGCUGGCGCUCUGACUGACCGACAGAAACAUGCACACACAUAUCAACACGCAUAUACAUUGUACACGCUGGAAGUAGAGGCUAGUAAUCAGUCUCACAGAUUAAGAAAAAAACAGUCAUUUGUAUCUGAUUGGGUUAAAGUUUACGCAUUCUGAAAUGCAUUCCAAAAAAGAGCCAUACAAACCCUUAAUAUUGAGCAUGAAGAUUGAAUACAUUCUGGUAUUGUAUUAUCAUAAUUCCCGCAACUGGACAAGAGAAGUGAAUGAAAAACCCUGUCCAAGUUGCAAGUGUUCUGAAUUAACAUGAUAAUACACAAUCAAAUUUCUGAAUCUUCACCACUUACAGUAAAAUACCAUAAUCUCACUCUAACAAGCACCACAGCCCCCACCUUGUUCCCUCUGUCGGUUGCCCUCUUUCCAGUGCUCUUUCUCUCAUCCUUUGCCAUCACUUUCUCCCCUCUUCCUCUUGCUGAAUGUAUUUAUGCAAAUCUGAGAGAGGGACGAAGGACACUUUGUUCCGGGUCUUUUUUUGUGGGAGACUGCUGGUCGCUCGCUUACCUCUAACCCUUCAUCUGCUCGACCUCCGUCCGCUUCUUUCAUUAACUGCUUGGACUUGGCACAUUGGGGAACUGAGUAUCACAGGCUCUGCUAAUUCUGGUGCAUUCUUUCUUUGUUUUUAAAAAAUACUUCUGCCAUCUGCCUACCUGCCAUGCAAACCAUCUCUACCCACCUCUCUUUCUCCUCUUCUUUCUCUGUGUUUCUCCCUCUCUCUGAAGUCUUCAACCCCAGAGAGCCCGAAGACCCCCUCCAGCCCCUGGGACCUUGAGUGAAUGCCGGCCCAACUAACGCGUCCUUUUGCACCCUCUCAUACAAGGACAUGGACACAUACACAUACAGAAGAACCAUUAUCUUCUAUCUCUGAUCCUCACAGCGCAGCAGCUAAAUAUUUCUAACACACGCACACAGACAAAUAAUUGAUUAACCCAAAAUGCAAGAUGGAUGCCGCUGUCCUCUGCUGAGCCAUGUUUACAAGAUGAAGAUAUAGAUUAAAAGUGGAUGGAGAGAGAUUUUAACAAGAGGGGAUGAAGGAGGUGCUAGCAAUCUGGACGGACUCAAAUGGAGAGUUGAGGGAGAACCAUCGUUUUUUGGAACCAAAUGUUGAAAACAAAGAAAGAGCUAAAAUCUUUAAAAAAAAAAAAAAAAUCAAAAACAGGAAAGAAAAGACAUCCUGCUCUUGCCAACCGUGUGGGAGGGUGACCUCAGUAAAACACACCUCCAUACCACAGAGCUUCAUCACCCUGGGCCUAUGUGUGCAUAUUCACACCAUCAUUUGAACUGAAGAUACAGACGUUUUGUUGCAUCGCACCGGCUCUGAGUUUUGCUGAGAAUCAAUCAGAUGUGAACCGAUGCCUUUUAUUCAAAGGGGAGAUGUUUUUUUUGUAGUGAUUCAGACAACCUCUAAGCAUUGGGCUCAGUGGUCUCUGUACCUCCCCUGUUCUCUCAGCGCAGACGAGCUGGGGGUGCGUUUAUUGUGAGUGCGACCACUCGGAGGCACCUGGCCCGUUUAUUUCUUUCUUUAUUGAGGUUGAUGUGGCGAGAGAGCACAAAGCAAGACCCGGAAACAAAAGAGGAUAAAAAAAACAAAAAAAA